AUGGUCAGCCACGGAUCCCCUCUGCAAUAUUUGGAUGUCAUUGACGCGCUCUGGUACAAAUACAUGUAUUGUGAACAACUCCUCCCUCAAAUAUUUCUUCAUUUUUAUUUCACCAUUUACCUCUACUUCUAUUCAAUUUCAUCUUUAGUUCCCAUCACUUUUCCCUUCGGUUUCGCCCCUUUGCCCCCUCGAUUAAACAUUUCACCUCCAUUUCCAGCCAUGGAGGACGCCGAUCACAAGAUGUAUGCUCCUUUUAGGUGUGCGGCAAAUCUGCCUGAUAUCCCAACAUAUCAUUGGAUUGAUAUCUGCAAUAAAUCAGUACCGGUCUAUAUUUUGCCGGGGAAAAGAUGGCUGCUACUCCGUAUUGUACUUCACAACUACAUUUACCGACGGUGGUUUCGCCCAUAUCGAAGCGAAAUCGACUUUUUGCGCUUCAUCUACAAGUUCAUAAUCCCGCAGGACCUGCCUGAUAAUACAACAGUUUCUCUAUCGACUGUGGAUACUAUUAUCUCCUUAAGCAAAGCUGUUAUUGCCAGGUUUGAAGCACACCGCAUUGUCAAAGUUGAAAAGCGCGCCGCGUCUCAAAACUUUUGCAGCAUUUCCUGGAGCGAUCCAGUAAACCUUGAUUUUUACAUCCUCCAACCAUUAUUCCGAGCGUUGGUUAUUAUUGUCUCUGAUGAGAAAUACAACAAAGAACCCUCCACGGCACUUGGAGAUCUUCCUGUCUAUUUAGCUCGAACAGGUGUGGAAGAAGAACUCAGCGCACCUAUUUCGUUUGAGCCUCUCGCAGCCAAGAUUAUCUGUCAUAUCGAACCUGGACGUGUUAUUCAAGUCACUCUGGAGACAGCCAUUGAUUUUGCCAUCGGGCUAGAGGCCAGAGAGGCCGCUGCGUUUGGACUUCGACCUGAUCCGGCAACCGAUUGGAAACCGGACGAAGACAUGCUUGAGGCUUGGCGGUCGAUAGGAGAGACUGAGCCGCUAGUCGGGCCAAACUCUCAAUGGGUAGACGACAAGAUAUAUUCGGAGUGGUCAGGGAGGGGGAAGUGGAACGAGGCUUCGCUCAUGCCCCGGUAUGAAAAGACGGCGUUUUGGAUGGAGGGUCAUAGAGAAGCCAUGGAAGAGAGGUACAAAGAAGCGCAGCGAGCAGCAGCAGACGCGGCUCGUGCAUCUGCUGCUGGUAGCCACGGCCAAUAA